UAACAUGAGCCAUGACAUCUUUGCUCGUCUCUUUCUACAGAUGUGGAAAUCUGUGGUGGGACAUGAUGUUAAUGUGAAGGUCGAAUCGGAGGGGGACGACUGGGAGACCGAUCCGAAUUUUGAGAAUGAUGUAUCGGAGCAGGAGCAGAGAUGGGGUUCCAGAACCAUAGAAGGAUCAGGUCGAAAAGAACACAUCAGCAUUGCAGAUCUCAGGCAGAAUGUGUCUCGGGAACACGAGGUGGUUAAGAAGAAAGAGCUGGACCAGGGCCCUAAAGCCUCUUACGGCUAUGGAGGGAAAUUUGGAGUUGAGAAAGACAGAAUGGACAAGGGGAAAUACGGUGUGGAAAAAGAAAAGGUUGACAAGGCUGCUUUGGGUUAUGACUAUAAAGGAGAAACAGAGAAACAUCAGUCACAGAAAGACUAUGCAAAGGGUUUUGGAGGACGUUAUGGAGUCGAAGCAGAUCGCAUGGAUAAGAGUGCAGCUUCAUUCAGUGAUAUGGAGUCACCAUCAUCAUCUUAUGAAAAGCCUCAGGCUUUUGAGGCCUCAAGUGUAGGAGCUGGAAACCUUAAGGCUCGCUUUGAGAACAUGGCGAAGGCCUCAGAUGAGGAGAAUAGAAAGAGAGCAGAUGAGGAGAGAGUCAGAAGACUCGCUCGAGAGAAGAGAGAACAAGAAGAGGCACAACGCAAACAAGAGGAGCAGAGCAAGCGUGAAGAGGAGGAAGAGAACCAGAGACCACCACCUGUGCCAGCAUCCCAGAAUCCCCCAGAGACAUUCAGAAGACUACCUGAAAUUCCCAGAGAUGAACCAGAGGAAGAAGCUCAGGUAGAGGAGGAGCCUGAAUAUGAGGAGCCGCCAUUACUGCCGCCCCGCUCAACUGACCCGAUAGAAGAGGAAGAGGAGGAGGAGCAAACUUAUGCUGAAUGUGAACCUGCCCCUGUACCCCAGGAAGAAGAUUAUGAGGAUAUUGGCUCAUAUGCUACUGCAGCUGCUGAUAAUGACUAUGAAGAACUAAGUGAAGCAGGACGUACAGCCACAGCCAUUUAU